AUGCGAAGAGGCGCUGCGGAUACAAGCACAUCUGCAGAUGAGCCCCUGCAGCUGUUAGUGCAGGGUAUGCGUCAGCUGCAGCAGGCCUAUAUGGGCAAGAAUGACUCCAAGGACGUGGAGUUCAAGGGAUCGAUAGAGGUCCCACCAAUGCCAGACGUUGGGGCUGAGGCCUCAGUGGCUUUUGCAGAUUGGUUGUACGAGCUGGAGCAGGCAGUGGGCGCAUUAUCCGACAAGGCCUCGGUUUGGUUCACAGCUUGUUUGGACGUGGCUCGGCAGGCGUACCUGGAGUACACAAUGGCUUCUCCUUUGACGAGAAUUUCCUUGCAGCCAAGGAUCCCUGAGUCUUUGAAGGACCCAAAAUGGGCUAGGCUGGAUAGACGUGUCAUGACUUUGUUGCUGGGGGCAAUGAAGCGACCGGCCAAAGAAGAUGCCAUAACCCACCGAAUAGGAGACGUUCCGUCUCUACUGUUCCGGCUUCAUGUGCUAUAUCAACCUGGCGGCACUUCGGAGCGUGCAGCAGUUCUGAAGCACCUAGAGGGCAAGCUCGGAGGGGAUGAUGUGCAUGAGUGCGUGGCUGCGCUAAGAAAAUGGCGUAGGUAUCUGGAAAGAGCUGAAUCCAUGCAUGUUACGGUGCCGGACCCUUCAAUCCUUCUUGGAGCAGUAGAGCUGAUGGUGAAGAAAGUGAUGACUCAGUAUCCGGAGGUAAAGUUUCGCACCGACCUCAUGAAGAACGAGCUUCAACUUCAGGGCCGCCCUACUUUAGAAGGAGUGCUUCGCCUACACACGCACAUCCUUGCGGAGUUACAGAUGGUGGCUCCUGUCUCCUCGAGUUCCCUUACGACCACUCUCAAGGCCAUUGGCACGGGACAGGCUGGUACUGGCGAGGCUUCUUCAGCCCCGAGUUCUCCAAAUAGGAAGGGAGGGAGCAAGGCUCCGUGCAAGUUCUUCCUUUCCAAGAGUGGAUGUUCGCGAGGGUCCGGCUGCAAGUUCGAGCAUGUGUUUGAGUCCCGCGAGGAUAAGAAGACCAGGGUCAAGGAGCUUCUGAAGGAGGCCAAUGCCAUGCUGAGCAAGUUGACUAAGUUGCAAGCCUUGGAGGUUCAGACCAAUCAUAGCGUGGGUGAGCUCACUGCUGCGAUAAGAGCUGCUGGACUUGAAGGAGAAGAGGGAUUCGCUCUUCUAGAUACGGGGGCAUCUCAUGCUUUCAAGACGGCAGACCGAGCCGAUGUGGACCAAGCUCAUCCGGUGAGAGUGGAGCUGGCUGGAGGCCAGUAUGUGACGCUCAAACAAAACAAGGCUGGAACCUUGCUAGCUGCUGCGGACGACCCAGGAGCUGCCAACGCAUCACCGAUCCUGCCUCUGGGGGCCUUGGUGCAGAAGCUGGGGUGUGAGCUGACAUGGACACGUAAAGGUGGCUUGAAGGUCAUCCACCCUCAGUUUGGUGUGCUUAGGACCUUUGUCAAGGGCAACCACCCGAUGUUAGCAGAGACUCAAGCCCUGGAAAUCAUAGCACAGCUAGAAGAGCAGCAGCUUAAGGCGUUGGAAGGUUCCACUGCAGAGACGUUUAUCCGGUCUUUGGAUUAUGAGGAGAUGAAGUCCUGGGAUUUCAUGCUGGGCAAGUUUGUGGCUACUGGAGGGCGUGAUUGCCUGCUAGAUGCUUUGUGCUCCCCAAGUUCUCCUCUUGGACACCUUCCCCAACAUGUUCUUGCGCUGGCAGCUGUUCAAGUUGGACUGGAUGAUAAGCAGGGUUGGAAGUACCUCAAGGCCCUCCCGCUGAACAGAAAGACUCGCAAGGCGAUGAUGACGAAGCGUUGGAUUGUCCGACUUUAUCGGCGAGAAGGAGAAGCAGAUCUACAAGUUCGCAACUCGGAGAAUGCUGUGACUGUGGACUGUAAUGUGGCCAGGAGCAAGAGGUUCUCCAUGAAGGGUGAUAGUGCAACUUACAAGGCGCUCAUGUGGGCGGCGGCUAGGGGCCAGCUAGAAGGCGUGCUUGGCAGUCCACCUGUGAACGACGCUGGCGAGCUCUUGGCCAAACAGCUCUUGAUCUGGACGGUCGCUCGCCAAGGCUCCUCCAUGCAUGGUUUCUUGCCUCCGUACCUGCUUCUUGGAUCCACUCCUGCCAGUUCAAUGUGGAGGUCCGAAAUGUGGGAGACCUUUAGGCAAGAGUAUCACCUGCCUAUGAUGCAGGUGGAAUCUCAGGAGGACGGUGCGAACUACUUGGUUGCCACGAACCUUGCAAUGAAGGGUGGUCUGUUGGCUUCGGAUAGUGUUGAGGUUCCGGAGGGUUUGACUACAAGGGCAUGGCCGAACAUUUGGAAGCUUCCCUUUCAGUAUGAGGUCGGUUUGGCAGUUGAUCGUUGGCGUCUUCGACCUGAUGAGAUGUUUCUUGGAUACAUGCUGCACAAACUAGAUUCGGAAGCUCCUUGGUCAGAAAAGGACCUUCGUUACUGGAGGCGGCGCAUAGCCAAUGGGCACCUGCCUUUUGACAGGCGUUGCAGGACCUGCAUCCAGACUGCGGCAACGGGGAGGGCCCACAGAAGGGUCAUAGCUCCAUCGUGUUACACGUUAUCUUUGGACGUUUGUGGACCUUUCCGAAAGAAAGGUGAGUAUGGUGGCUCCAGGGGAUUCAGAUAUGCCCUGAUUGGGACGUACCUGAUGCCUAAGCUCACGACCUACAAGGAUGUCCCCAUACCUGAAGAACCUGACCUUUCUUUGGAUGUAGAAUCUCCAGAGGAAGAUUUUCUUGAAGAACAAGGCCCCGCAGAUCCUCCUGUGGAACCUGCUGAUCAAGAAGACUUGGACAAGUCCAAUGAGAAGUUCCAGGCCUUGUAUAAGGAGAUUGGGGAUACCAUGGAGUACCAGACACUUCAUUAUGCGGUUCCGCUAAAAACUCGGUUGAUGCCAGAGGUUGAGGAUGCAGUGAAGCAUAUCUACCUCCAGAUAAGAUCUGAAGGGCUGCCAGUCACUCGGGUACACUCUGACCGAGCUCGAGAGCUUCGAGGUGGUAAGCUUCGCGCGUGGUUGUUGCAUAGAGAUGUGCUUCCUACUACAGGGGAGGCUCAGGCACCGCAAACCAAUGGGCGAGCGGAAGCAGGCGUCAAGCGAGUUUGGACAGAUGAGGAGGAGCCGUUGCUUGACAUCUUCAGUGACGAGGAACUUGCCGAGUCUUACCUGAAGGCUGGAAUCAUGGGUACGACCCUUGUGCUUCAGCUGUUUGAGAUCUUUGAGGAGGUGAGGCUUCCAAACGUGACUAAGUUCCUGGCAAAGUUUGCACGGGAGUUCAUGGGUGCUAAGCAGUUCGCAACGGUGGUGAUCCAGCGGAAUGGAGGAGGCGGAGGUCUUUGGACUCAGCUUGAAGAUGGAGAGGUCCUUGCGGAUGAGGACGUUGUUGUGACCAAGGAGGUGAAGCCGGGUCAUGAGCUUAAGGGCAAGAUCAUAGAGGCGAGUAAGGGCCAGACCUUUUCCUUUGACCCGAUGGGAUGGCAUGAAGUGCAGGCUCAUUCUGGAGAGAGGAUCAUGGUCAUUGCGUAUACUCCCAGGCUUUCGAACUUCGAUACUGCAGAAGCUGCAUAUCUGGAGUCCUUGGGUUUUCUUCCCUUUGGUGAGGAGGAGGGGGUUCGUGAACGCGCAAGUUCAACAAGGCGUCAUGGCGUUGCUUCUGACUGUGAUGACAAGGACAACGUGACUGAAGAGCGCGAGUCAACCCUCCUCACUUUGAACGAGGCCCAGCAGCAACUUCUUGAAGAUCUACACGAGCGGAGUCGAUCUCUAAGGUUGCUUCUUGAGGAGGAGCAGGCUCUGGCAGAGGAUCUGCGACAAGCAGGAGAUCUUGUUGAGGAGGAGGCCCAAAGGCUGCAGCAAAGCAUUGCGCAAAUGCUUCAGCGAGCAGCCGACAGCCUUUCAUCUCAAGACCGAGCUGUUCUCAAGGUGUGUUUGAAGGCAGCUGGAGAGGCUGUUGAACCAGACUAUGAGCAGCUCCUUGAGUCUUUGGAAGGUGACCUUCAGGUGGUUCAUACGGCCAUACAAAAGGAGCUGGACAAUCUCUUUAAAGGUGGUACUUUGGUGGAGAUAGAUCGUGAAGAAGCUCUACGUCUAGAACGUGCAGGUGCCCUUCGCUUAGUGCCCAGCAAGGGUGUGCACACGUUGAAACCACCUGGCAGUGAGGAUGUGAAGUUCAAGCGGAAAUACCGCCUUGUGUUGUGCGGUAAUUUCGUGGCUCCUGAGGAACAGUUCGGCUCGCUGUAUGCAGGAGGUGCGUCAGCAGAAACGUUUAGAACAGUGCUGGCAUCUACGGCCCAUAAAGGGUGGCUGGGGGCAGCGGCCGACAUAACCGGGGCCUUCCUUCUAGCACCUUGGCCGGGUCACCUUCACCGCUACGCCGUAGUUCCACCACGACUUUUGGUCGACAACAACUACGUCCCUGCAAAUACCUUUUGGCUUGUUCUCAGGCCCUUGUACGGCCUCCGUGAGUCGCCUGCGAUAUGGGCGGCACACCGCUCGGCAAGGUUCUCCAGUGCUCGCAUCUUCUACAAGAACAAAUACCUGGUUCUGAAGAUGUCGAAAGUUGACCCUGAACUGUGGUUUGUUUUCUUUGAAGGUGAAGAUGACCUCUUGGGUUGCGUCAUAACUUAUGUGGACGACCUGUUCUAUGUGGCGGAGAGUGAGGUUGUUACGGUGCUUCAUACGUGGAUCUUAGAAGAGUGGCCUUGCAGUGGACUAGAGUGGGCAUCUGCAGCUGAAGGCACCCGCUACUUGGGCAUGGAGGUUUCUCAGAGACCCUCAGGCGCAUAUGAGAUCCACCAGAGGGGCUACAUUCUCGACCUCCUGCGAUCACAUGACAUGCUUGAAGCUCCUGGUUCGGCCAGCGGAUGGUUGGUGAACAGCUUUGGCUAA